AUGAAUGAAAUCAUUCCUUCUGCUUUCCGCUCCGACUUCAAAGGUACCAUCAGACGUUAUUAUGUGGCCGCUGAAGAGAUUGAGUGGGACUAUGCACCUUCUGGAUGGGACAACUGGCUCGGAGUGCCUCUUAACGACUCAGUCAGAGCCAAGAAAGCUGGCUAUCUCGAAUAUGGCACUGUCUGGACUAAAGCGUUGUACAGAGGCUAUACCGAUGCAACAUUCUCUCAACGAACGGAGCAACCAGCUUGGCAGGGUACUCAAGGCCCCAUCAUCCGCGCAGAAGUCGGCGACUUGAUCGAAAUUUUGUUUGUCAACAACCUUACCAAGCACUAUGCAACCAUGCACUCCAUGGGUCUCGCAUACGAGAAAUCCAGCGAAGGCGCUGACUAUCCUGAUGCUGAACCAGGAGUCAACUUUGAAAUCCCAGAGGAAGACGCCGUGCCCCCUGUUGAGCCCGGAGUUGCACCAGGCGGCUGCGUUGUCUACAAGUGGAUGGUCACCGAGCUCGCCGGUCCUGACUACGGCGAGCCAGCUAGAAUUCACAGCUACCACUCUUACGUUUCACUGUACGAGGAUGCAAACGCGGGACUCAUUGGUCCUACCGUCAUCUAUGCAAAGGGCACCAUGGAUGCAGUCAUGUCUGGUUACCGCGAGAUACCCUUCUUGUUUAUGAUUUACGCGGAAAGCACUUCAUUCUUGUCAGGGGUUAACGCAGAGAAAUUGACUAAUCAGACCAUCGAGGCAGACGUCACACAGCUCUACAGCGCCAACAGUUCCGUCUGGUAUCCUCAAGAGCUUAACAUCGCUGGAGCUGAACACUUUUCCUCUGCUCCCGCCUUCCACGCCAUCAAUGGCUACACCUUCUCCAACAAUCCCGUCUUUGAGAUGUGCCAGGGCGACAAAGUACUCUGGUACGUCAUGGCUUAUGGCAGCGGGUCCCACGUAUUCCACAUGCACGGCAAUGGCUACAAGUAUGCAAAUGCUGGGCAAUACGCUACCUCGAUCAACGACGGUGUCGGCAAGACUUUUGUGAUGGACGCUACUGGUGCUGGUUUGUGGCAAGUUAUCUGCCAUGUUGAUCAUCAUUUGAGUCGCGGCAUGGUCGCCAACUACAAGGUUUACUCUAAGAAUUGUCCGCUCGAGCCGUUGGCUUCGUCCUCGUCCUAG